AUGACCGAGGAACGUGAUCGCGAACGCGAACAUAAGCGUGUGCGACAGGCUUGUGCCAAUUGUCGACGCAAAAAGACCCGAUGUUCAGGUGAACGGCCCGUCUGCGCGUUCUGCGCUCGUCUAGGUCAGACAUGUCGCUACACCGACGAUGUCUACCCAGAGCUAGGGGCCGCAUUGCCAGAGGAGAAUCACCGCCUUGCUGCACGGGUUGCUCUCCUUGAGUCACGUUUGAGCAUGCUCGACGCUGCAAGUGUCGACAAUGCCUUCAUUUCAGGUUCUACCUACAGUGCAGAUCAGCAUCUACGCACGUCUGCUUCACAGCAGGAUUCUGCGAGUCCUGACAGUCGCAUUGACAAUGACUUCGCAUGCUUGCUCGAUCGUGGCACCCUGCAAGCCCUGGCUGAUAUCUACUUUCGACACUGCCACCAGCAACCGUACACAUACUUCCACGAAGCUACUUUCCGACAGAAUCUUGACCAAGAAUCGUUCCCAUCUUAUCUGAUCUAUGCAUUUGCCGCUACUGCUGUACGAUUCUCUAAAGACCCCAGGUUCGUUGGCCGCCAAGCGGAGGCGAUGAACUGCUAUUCACGCAUGGCGUGGUCCGACAUCAUGGAGCAGUCCUUCUCUGAUAACCACAGCCUCAGCAUAAGUACCGUCCAGGCGGCAAGCAUGCUGGGUAUCAUAGACUACGUUACUGGGCGAAGCGGAGUAGCUUGGGUCAAAUUGGGACUGGCAAUCCGACUUGCCCAAACGUUGCAACUCGGCAGAGAGCCUCACUCUUGGCUAUUGCCUCAUGAGGCUGAAGAACGUCGCCAUACAUUCUGGUCCGUUUACCUACUUGAUAAGUUGAUGGCAUGUGGCAGGGACAGACCGCCGGUCAUCUUGGAUGUCGAUUGCACGGUAAGACUGCCAGUGAACCCAUGUUCCUUCCAGAACGAAUUCGGACCACAACCUCCGACCUUGGCUAUCAUUCAAGAAAUUCCAGAUAUGGCUCCUUUGGAGAAGAGCGAUCAUUUCGCCCUAACCAUCUUCAUGGUAUCUACUCUUGGGCAAAUCGCCAGAUGGGCAUUCAAGCAUAGUGCUCCAGAAACUCGUCUACCUUGGGACUCGAGAAGCGAAUUUGCGCGCAUCAGCGGUAUUCUACUGUCCUUCGAAUCGUACUCUGAUGCCUGCGAUGUCGAUUUCGCGGACAUUUUGAACCGUCAUUUUGUCUCGCAUGGCGACCUAGACGGAGUGUCAGCAGCCCACUUCAUUUACUCCCAUGUUGUAUAUCAUGUAAACCAACUCUUACUCCACCAUCCUUUUCUCCUCCGCCAACAUCUCCAAUCCUUCAAAGCGAAUGUGCCAACCGGCUUCCUUCGCGCAGCUAUUCACAAGAGCAAGGAUCACGCGAUUCGCAUGGCAAAUAUUUUUCGGAUUCUCCAACAGUAUGGACGCGACACCUUUCCUAGCUUCUUAGGCUACGCAGCUGUUUUGGCAGGAAUGAUCCUCCGUCUUCAUGCCGUCCACCCGACGCACAUGCUAGAACAUGAAGCCAACGCGCACCUGAAAUCUUGUAGCAGUUUCUUAGAUCAUAAGCCUGUUCGAUGGGAAUCCUACAGACGAAUGAGUAAGGUCUUGGGAGAGUUCGCGCCCAGCUCUCGUUUGGCAGAGGAGCUACUCUCCAUAAAACUGGAUAGGACGCCACUCGAACCUGUAUCUGAAGAGGAGUUGUGGCAAAUGUGCGAUUACAGCUGGUUGGUUAGCUCAGCCCGACUCUUUGUGAAGACGGCUACGCACACGCCUGUGAGGAGUGAGAGUCCCGCGAUCCAAGAUGUAGCCCUCCCUAUACCGGGUAUUAUGCCUGAGUUUGACGCUUUAUACACCGCGGCGAUGUCUUUGGAUUACUCCCUCCUCGGUGAUGCUAGGACUGACGAUAGUGGCAAUUUGGGCCUGGACUUUUGA